AUGUACGAGAAUAAUUUCGAAUUGUGUCAGUACGGUGUGAAAAAAGAUGAUGGAAAAUGUACGAGGAUUUUUAGACCUUGGGACUGUGAAGAUGUUUCACAGGACUGUACCGUGUCGACUACGACACAAGAAGAAGACGAAGAUAUUAAUAGAAAUUAUGAAAAAGAUACUCCUGAAGAAAAAGCCUUAAGAAAUAUUAAAGAAAUCAAAGAUAAAAAUAUAUCAGAAAAAGAAAAACUUUCCCUUUCUAGUCACACAACACUUCCUGAACAAAAUUUCCCACAAACCUACAGUAGCACUCUGCCAAUAGAUUACCUUCAAGACCCAUACAACCCACUAUAUCCACCAGAGGUACUUCAAAAUAAUCUAGCUCAACAUCUAGGACUGUCUCCGAGUAAUCCGUUGAUUUUGGAGUCGCUAACUCAAGGGUAUGCUUUGGAAGAGUAUGCUAGAGUUUUGAACCAGGAGCAUGAAGCUAAGAUGCUGGCUGCCAAGAAACAGAGGCCGAAGAAGUAUAGAUGUUCUCACUGUAACGUUGGGUUUUCGAAUAAUGGACAGCUGAAAGGACAUAUCAGAAUACAUACUGGUGAACGCCCAUACAAAUGCGAUGAAAAAGACUGCGGAAAAACCUUCACAAGAAACGAAGAACUAACCAGGCACAAACGAAUCCAUUCAGGACUGCGUCCAUUUCCCUGCAGUCAUUGUGGAAAACGCUUCGGUAGGAAAGACCACCUGAAGAAACAUUCAAGGACACACUUCCAACCUAGAGGCCUGUACUCUGCCGUUCCUGUGAUACUCCCCUUCGAGACCUGGGCCUCUGGGCAGGCUAGUUUAUAUCCAUUUCUACCUAUGAUCUACUAA